AUGAUGGAGGAGCUCCCCAUCCAGCCCUCCGGUCUCUUCUGGCAAGACGACUUCAUCACCGCCGAGCACGAGGCGAGGCUGGUCCACAUCUUCCGGCACGAGCUCGCGUGGCCGGACCGCUCCGGCCGGCUGUCGCUGCACUACGGAUACACGUUCGACUACAAGACCUUCGGGGUGGACCCCGACAUCCCGUUCGCCCCGUUCCCGGACUGGCUGCAGCCUCUCAUCCCCACGACCGAGGGCAGGCCGCCCGACCAGGUCUGCUUGCAGCACUACCCGCCCGGCGCCGGUAUACCGCCGCACGUCGACACGCACUCGGCGUACGACCAGCUGUACGCGCUGUCCCUGGGGUCGCCCGUCAUGAUGCAGUUCGCGCGGCCGGCGUCCGGCGACGGCGACGGCGACGGCCGCGCCGGGGAAAUGGUUGAAGUCGACCUCACGCCGAGGAGCAUGAUGCAGAUGUCGGGCGACUCGAGGCUGCACUGGAAGCACGGCAUCAGGAAGCGCAAGACGGAUACCCUGGCCGACGGCACGGUGCGGAAGAGGGGCGACCGAUGGAGCAUCACGUAUCGAUGGAUCAGGGAGCCGGCGAUCUGCGAGUGUGGAGACGCCCAGCUGUGCGAUACGGCGCAGACGAGGCUGGGCAUCGAGAAGGAGUACCGGUGGAAGAAGGGCGACGAGGACGGCGCUGCUGAUGGAGCGAACCCGGCAGCUGAGGAUACAAAGACAUGA